AAACAUGCCUUUGUAUUCGGUUUAAUUUUUGAGUCAAAAAUUUCAUAGUAAUCACACUACCACUGCCUUUAAGUUCACUACUUCCAAAUCAUCUUGCCAUAUACAUUGUUUUAUUUAUAUAUCAGUCUCUCGUACAUAUACAACAUAAACUAUCAUCCUGUGCUAUAAAGCUGACCAAAAUUAAGUGUUAACAGUUAACAUACAUAAACCGGCAAAAUGUCUAUCAAAAGGGCUGGAUUGAUGUCCUAUAACCAACGGCGCGUUGCCCGUUGGUAUUUUGGUGGAUUGGCCAGUUCCAUGGCCGCUUGUAUAACACAUCCAAUUGAUUUGAUGAAGGUGCUUAUCCAGACGCAGGCGGAAAAGUUGUCGUUGAUGGCGACAACUAAAAAGAUUGUCAAGGAACAGGGUGUAUUCGCCUUGUACAAUGGCAUAUCGGCCUCGUUGCUGCGUCAAUACACCUACACGUUGUCUCGUUUUGGGAUUUAUACAGUGGGAUCUGAUAUGAUGGACACCAGCACAAUGGCUCGCAAAUCUUUCUUGGCUGCGGUUUCCGGUGGAAUUGGCGGUUAUGUGGGCGCUCCCGCGGAUCUUAUCAACGUUCGUUUGCAAAAUGAUGUCAAGCUGCCGCCAGAGACAAGGCGAAACUACAAACACGCCAUCGAUGGACUGGUGCGCAUCACCCGAGAGGAAGGAUGGCGCAGCCUUUUCAACGGCUCCUCGAUGAUCGCCCUCCGAGGAAUGUUCAUGAAUGUGGGACAGAUCGCGUUUUACGAGCAGAGCCGAUUCCAGUUGAUCAAAAUGGGAAUGUCGGAGAAUAUGAUCACCUACAUUACGGCAUCGAUAAUCUCGGCGGUUGUGGCCACCACUCUAACGCAGCCGAUUGAUGUGGUAAAGACUCGGCGAAUGAAUGCUGCGCCUGGUAUAUAUUCCGGAGUUGCAGAUGUGUUCGUUAAGACAUCGAAGGAGGGACCAUUGGCUUUCUACAAGGGUUAUAUGCCCUCUCUAACCCGAUUAUUGCCACAUACGGUGUUAUUGUUCGUUGGCCUAGAGUUUCUGAGAACCCAUUUUGGUUAUCUGCCGGAACCAAAGAAAACAGGUGCAUUUUAUCGAUACGACGAUACCGAUGACGACUAAUCAUAUGCCAUUGUGCUCCAAAUCUUUAGUGGGCUUUUUAAUGUUUUAUAAGUUAUUGUGUUGUCUAAAUCUCUAUCUAUGUAAUAUUUUAUUUAUGAACAUCAUUUGAUUGAUUCCUGACGAAUAUAAAUACUUUCCAAAGA